CUAACAUUCGGAAAAUGAACGUCACAUGAAAAAAAGAUGACAGACGUUGAUGAACUAGACAUAAACCCUCUUUUUAGGGCUUUACAGAAAAAGUACCAAGAUUUAUAUGAUAGAGCUCAGGAUAAUUGUUAUAUUGUGUGCAUACCCCAGGCCUCCUCUUUGGCAAAUGUUACAGUUACAAGGAAACUUACUGCAACCCACAUACUAAAGCCUUCACCAUACUUCAAAAGCCAGUACCAGACUCUGGAUUCUCCAGAAAAAGUUGUCCAGUUAGAAGAAAAUGGGAAGGAGUUUCGCACUGUUGAAGGAUUCAGUGAUGACCACUGUGUGAAGAUUUUAAAUGAAGAACUGGGAUAUAACAAGGAUUAUAAAGCAUACAAAAUACUGAUUUUAGAAUGUCCAUUGGAUCCAUCUUUAAAGGCUCAUAAAACAGAGAAUAAGCAACCCACAGCAGCAGCGGAUAACAUUCCUGAAUACACCACAUACCCAGAAUCCUGUAAUUUCCUUAUAUCUUUUGCUGAGUACAGAAUGGUUUUACGUCAGUUGGAUGAGAGUUUGAAGCAGUUUAAUGCUAACUACAUGAUCCUUAAAGACUACCUGUCAGAGGCACAAAACAAGCUUAAGUCCGUGUGUCAGCAAGUAACCAAGGAUUGUCUAAAGUGUUCGAAGUUUGAAAACGGACAGGAUCCAAAAUUCAGAGAAACAGUAGAUUUUUGUGUUGAAAGUUAUGUAAUGGGAGCAGUCCACAAGAAGGUGUUUACUAUCAUCAAAGAAAUACAUGAAGAGGACGAUAGGUUACUCUUUGCAAAAUGUAAACAGUUGCGCAAUGUCACUGCUGAACAGCUAGGGGUCAAUAAGAAAAUUGCUUGUCCACUUCCACAAGCUGUUGUAGAAUUGGCAAAUCUGGAUGGCCUAAGGACUCCUCUAGAGAAAUUAUUCUGCUUGAAAUCUACAGUGGACAGUGCCAGCCAAACCAUACAGAGUUAUUUAGAAGAAAACCGGGUACCUCCAGUGUCUACUGCUGUUGAAGAUAGCUACUGUCUGACAUCAGAUGAUCUCAUCCCCAUAUUAGUAACCGUGAUAGCUCAAGCUCAGUGUCGACAUUUUGCCAGUAAUAUAAACUAUAUAGAGUCAUUCCACUGGGCUUCAGAAACCAAUGAUCGAGGCAACCUUAGCUACUGUUUAGUGACUUUUAAGGCAGCUGUGGAAUACAUGAAAAACACAUCAUUUGAUGAAUUGGAGAAGAGACCCAGUCUGAAGAGAGAGAUAAGCCUCGAGGAGUUAAGGAGAGUGACCAAAGGUUCGUUUUCCGGUGACCCUAACUGCCCGGUAAGCAGCUCCACCCUCAGUCAGUCUGGUGCCAACCAUUACGAUCGGCAACUGGAGAGAAUCUCGCAGAUGUUGAAUGAAUCCCAUGAAGAACUCAGGAAGUCAGAGAAAGCCAACACGUACUUAAAACAAAGUAUUUUUGGAGAGAGUUAUCCAAGAUCACUAAAGCCAGUUGAUGAUAGGAAAAGAAAUGGAAAAGAAAAUGAAGAAUUGGGAGAUUUUAUCACCUCUCUACAGAAUGACAUGUUUGGGAUGAGUUUUGGUAAACAGAGUUGAUGAUGUCAUAUUCUGAGGAGAACUGGAGCUACUCUGUGAUACUUACCUUUGAUAUUUUACUUUAAAAAAAAACUUUGAUUAAUAAUCAACAAAGAAUGUCUACUUCAUCAAGCCUUGUCACAAACUUGUGUUUAGCACUUCUGUAUAUGAUAGAGAAGAACAACAUUCUGCUAGUGUGCUUCACUAAUUUUUUAGAUUUCAUUAUUAUAAAAAGGAGCAUGAUAUUGCUUUGUGAUAAAUGUAGACCAGUCCACUUAUUACUAUUUGUCCAGUCAAUACAUGUAUAUAUAUUUAUGAUGAAGUUAGUCUAAUUAAUAAUUUAUGUACGUGAGGUAUUGUUUAAUUGAAAAUCUUAAAUAUUUUAUUGUUUAUUAUACUUUCCUCCAGCCAAUUAAUUCAGGUAGAUCUAUCCAUCCUUCAGUCACCUCUGGAAGGGACAAUAUCAGACUAUUGGGAACAUUUUUCCUUCAAACAUAUCUACAUCUUUAAUUUUAUGUCACAUGACUUGCUCAUUUGACCUUAUGCUAUCCAUCUUGUCAAUCGUGCUUCAAUGAAGGCUUAUACAUGUAUGAAUGCUACAUAUGUGAAUGCAAAAGGGAAACAAAAGUUGUGAGUUUCAUGGUUCUAUCCCCAUGGAACUGACGAGUUGGAGCUAAACAAUCAAAAUUAAAGCAAUCUUAGAAUAUUCUACUGUACCACUAAACAUCUACAGGCAAACUGUUUUUAUGAGUAUAAUAAGCACACCAAUUAGUCUUUUACCAAAGUUGUAAUUCAUUUUCCAAGGGUGCAGGUCCAGGAUAGGAUUAAGUCUGUCCUAUGCUGAAUAUUUGUCUUUGAAUUUUUUCUUUCUUCUUGGUCAUCUAUCUGGCAAACUUUAAACAUUAAUUAGAUUGAACAGCUAAUACUAUUUCAAAAUUUGAAUUCAAGUCCCCAGGUCCAGGGAUGAGGCCCCAGAGUGGGAUUUUGUUGCUCAAAGAUUGUAAGAACACUUUUGAAAGUUUUUACUCAUGGACAUCUUACAGGUAAUAAAGCAUAAUGUGAAGUUAGUUCUUGGCCAAAAUUGUAAAAUUUAUGUCCCAUGGGACCAAGGGUGGAACUUAGUUGGUCAUUACAUCUCUGAAAAUCUUUUUCUCGUGGGAAUUUUUCAGAAAAAUUGCUUACAAGAUUUAAAAGGACAGUUAUGAUGAGCUACCAUACAGCUGUAAUUGUGAAAUUCAUGUUUUCUGUUUUCAGCCCUUGGUGCCGGGCUAAGUCUUAUAUUGAUGAUUCAGUUAUUCAGUGCAUAAAUAAAAAUCUUUCUUAUUCCUGGACAUUUAGCAAGCAAACUGUUUGCGGGAUGAAAACUAUAGGUACAGUGAACACUGAGCUCAAAAAAUGGAACCCCCGCCUCCCAUAUGAUUAUAAUGGCAAAGUCUAUGUUUUGAUACAGUAGACCUGAAAUAAGUGUUCAAUCAAAAAAUAAAAUAGGAGGUGCACAAUGGCACUAUGUAAUAAAGAGUCUGUAAAAGUAUCAUUAAAUUUCAUUCAGUGGUAUAGGAGAAAUUGCGGAUAAGAGAUGGGUACCCCUCAAUAUUAUAGAAAGAAUGACAAUGUUUAUGUUUUACUAUUGAAAACCUGAAAUAUGUGUCCAAUCAAAAUGUAAAAUAGAAGGUGCACAAAGGCACUAUGUAAUUAAGAUUCUGUGAAAGUAUCAUUAAAUUUUAUUCAGUGGUAUAAGAGGAGUUGGGGAUAAGAGAUGGGUACCCUAAAGCAUAACGGAUGGACAUGCAGACGGAUGGAUACCCCCAUCACUAUACACCCCCCGCUUUUCAAGCAGAGGUAUAAGUUAUUAGUCCUCUACCAAAAUGUAAAAUAGAAUUCAAAACAUCUGUAAAAAUCAUCAUCCCUCUAAAAAAUUCCCCUCAUGUGAGGCAACAUUCACAUAACCCAAGAAAACUCAUGAUACUCAGAUGACCAUUGAGAUUUACUUAUGUCGUACUUUUGUAGCUUUAAUACCUUGUUUUUUUUUUGUUGACUCAUUUAUUGCAUAUGUUAUGCAGUG